AUGGCUGACAGGGUGUAUGCCGACCAGUUGUCGGUCCAAUCCAUCACCCAACCAGCGCCCUCCUCUGACAACGCUGAACUUGUAGCUUGCGUAAAAGCGUUAGUCGCGCAGGUUCAGGCGUUAACCUUACCACGCGACGGACCUCGACAACGACGUCGCCCCAACCACCGGAGCCGCAGCCCCAGGCGUCAUCGAUCUCGUUCACCGUUAUUUGCUGGUAUCACCGCCGAUACGGUGAUGCCGCAAAGAGGUGUCUCACACCGUGCACCUACACCUCCAGGUCGGGAAACUAGUUGGCCGACCGGCCCAGGCGACGAUCGUGUCCAAGUGCCCUAUUUUUCGUCACCGAUAGACACACCGGGAUACGCUUCCUGGUUGACACAGGCGCACAAGUCAGCGUCAUACGCUCUCGUCCCGCUGACCUCCAUCGUCUCUCUACCGUAG